UUGCGAAUUAACGUACGCAAUAUUAAGGUGGAAACCAUCGCUCUGCCCGAAAAGCGUACGCCGGGUAACCUCGGAGCUAAAACUGAGUUCAUUACGAAUCUGACCCCUUUAUCGUUGAAACCGAAUAUCCCCUUUUUCAAAUAUGACAUCCGCAUGUAUGUGGUAUACAAAGGGGCAGAUGGACAGGAACGUCUGAAGGAACUCACAAAACAAACGAAGGACGACUUCCCCGAGCAAGAGAGAAAAACUGCUACCGUUUUGGUCUACAAGAAUUUGUUGAAAUGUCACGCGGAUAUGUUCCCGUCAGACGGGGCAUUAUUUUACGAUCGCGCUGCGAUACUAUUUUCUGCACAGAAACAGAUCAAGCUCGAUGGCGAGGAGAAAACCUUCAAUCUGCCUGCGAGUGUUAUUCCUAACGGUGGGACUGACGCAGAAUCAAUCAGAGUAGUGAUCAAGAAAGUCACGGAUGGAUUUCAAGUCACCUCGAAUGAUCUCGCUAAAGCCGUCAAUGUGCGUGAACUAGAGAAGGAUAAAGGGUUGCUUGAAGUUUUGAACAUUGCCAUGUCUCAGAAAGGCUAUCUAGAAACCUCACAGUUCGUGACUUAUGGAUCUGGAGUACAUUACUUAUUCGACCAUCGAGCUUUAGGAUUCAGAGACAAUGAGGUUCCCGAACUUAUGGACGGAAAAUACAUGGGGAUAGGAGUAACCAAGAGCGUGAAAGUGCUUCAGGGCGAGAAGGGCCCCAAUGCCCCUACAGCAUUUGUCGUGACCGAUAUCACAAAGGGAGCGUUUCACAUCGAUGAUCAGAAUUUGCUGGAAAAAAUUUCCUCCAUGUCGAUCUUCAUAGAUCCUAGAUCUGGCCAAUCGCGUUUCACCGUAGAAGCAGCCAUGCAAAUCUACAAUCAGAAGGCAAUCUUGCAGAUAAUUAAGGUGGAGCUCCUGACUGUUGCCCCAUCCCAAAGGGUCACAUUGCAGCAGCAGACCCCGGACCAGGUUGCUACAAUGAUCAAGGCAUGUGCAACAUUGCCGCAGAAUCGUCUCAGUCAGACUAAGAUUCUGAAGGAUGCAUUGAACAUCAAAAAUGGCAAUCCUUAUCUGAAAGCUGCUGGAAUUGACAUUGCCAACGGAUUCACAAAGGUGCGGUGUUAA